GGCUAACUGACUUUGACAGUUAUAAAAACAAAAAUGAAUUGAAAAGUUAACCUUAAAAAUAAUUAAAUAAUUCUAAUUUCUUGCAAUUAAUAAAAUGUUUCGCACUUGCCAUCAUAAAGUAUACACACAAAACAUUUCAAUAUUCAGAAAUGCACUCUUUAAGGACUUGGUUACACCAAACUCCAAAGUGAUCAGUGUUUGCCAGAAAACUAUAGCAAGGCACUAUGCUAGCAGUGAAAAGCAGGAAAAUAAAUUAGAAAGAAUAUACUACGGGCCAUUGACACCACAAAUAAGGGCUGUUAAGAUAUUUUCUGUGACUUCAAGCGCCGCUGGGUUGGCGGCACAGCCUUUAAUAUUAAAAGAAGCUGCCAAUAUCGGCAGUACUUCAUUGAUAAUAGCCCUUUGCUCUGUAGUCGGCUUCUUUACAUUUGUGACUCCUAUAUUAUUGCACAUUAUAACAAAAAAGUAUGUAACUGAAAUCCAUUAUGAUCCUGAGACAUCUACAUACAAGGCGACUACAAUUAAUUUCUUUUUGGCUCCUGUCAUUUUGGAAUUCAAAGCUGAAGAUGUAGUAGUGCCAGACAUUCCAGGAAUGUUCACAACAAUGAAUGCAAAAGGCAAACCUCUGUUCAUAGAGGCAAGACAUUUCACAGACCCCCAGUACUAUGCCAAAAUAAUGGGUUACGACAAACCUCUGGACUUCAAACUUGGUGAAGAACAAAGUAGUGAUAGUAAGAGUAGUUAAGUUUUGUUAUUUAUUAUAUAGUGUUAGAUUUUAAUAAAUUAUAAAAUUUAG